AUGGCGCACAGGGUGCUGGAGCUGACGCUGGUGUCGGGUCACAACCUGAAAGAUGUCAACGUGUUCAGCCGUAUGGAGGUGUACGCCAUCACGUCCGUCUUCGGCGACCCUGGGACGCGGCGGGUGUUCGGCGACAUGCCGCCGUCGGACAGGGCCGCUCAUGAAUCCGCAUACAAGCCCACGGCCGCCGACGGCGCAGGAGUUGCCUUCUGA